AUGUCACCCAAAUCACCUAUCACACUGGCCCAAUUGAAAUUCAACGUCCCCGUGCCCUAUAAGCUGCACGUAGACCGAGAGCUGCUUGAUAUCACCAAGCAGAAACUGGCGUUGUCGCGUUACCCCGAAGAGCAAUCUGACUUUGGCGAAAACAACUGGGCUCAAGGGGCUAAGGUGUCCCGCGUGAAACAGCUUGCGGAGCACUGGUACAACAACUAUGACUGGGAAAAACAUGAGAACAUGCUCAAUGAUGCAUUUAAUCACUUUAUUGUGAAACUUGAUGUUCCUGGAUAUGGCUCUUUAGUGCUCCACUAUACUCAUACGCAGGCAUCCAAUUCGAAGGCAGUCCCUCUCCUAUUCUCGCAUGGGUGGCCAGGGUCAUUUGUGGAGGCAAUCCGGAUUGUUGAACCUUUGACCAACCCAGAAAAUGCCGAAAGCCAGGCAUUUCAUGUUGUCGCCCCUUCGAUCCCUGGGUUUGGUUUCUCCCCGGCGCCUAUGAAGUCCGGUGUCGGACCGAAUGUGGUCGCUCGCGCCUACAAGAUCUUGAUGACAGAAGUUUUAGGCUAUCCAAAGUUUGUGACCCAAGGAGGGGAUUUUGGAUCAUUCAUUACUCGCUCUAUUGCUAUCCAGUAUCCAGAGGUAGUCGCAGCUCAACAUUUGAAUAUGUUCCCUGUACCUCCACCUACCAUUUUCUCAGCCCCAGUCGCAUAUUUGCGCUGGUGUUUUUCUGCGUUCACAUAUUCGACUUUCGAGCAUAAGGCCCUCAAGGUGCGAAGAAAUUUUGAACAUGACCAGAGCGGUUACCUGGAACAGCAGAAGACGAGGCCACAGACUCUUGGCUUUGCUUUGGGUGAUUCGCCGGUCGGUUUGCUCGCCUGGUUCGUGGAGAAGAUCCAUGACUGGGCCGACGUGCAUGAUGCGUUUAGUGACGAUGAUAUGAUCACAUUGGUCAUGAUGCACUGGAUUCAGGGAGCGACCCCCGCUCUACGAUUUUAUAGAGAGGCAUUUGGCCGCGACAUGCGCGAAGCUGAAAAGACGUUCGAGUCAUAUGUCUCUGCUCCAACAGGCGUUAGCAUGUAUGCGAAAGAGCAGCUCCAUUGUCCACGCGAUUGGGCUGAUCAGGUCGCUAACAUUCAGUUUUGGCGUGAAUAUGAGAGCGGUGGUCACUUCUCAUCUUUGGAGCGUCCAGAUGCUUUCGUCAAAGAUGUUCGUGAUUUCUUUUCAUCCGACGCUGUUCUUAAAUCAUUG